AUAGAAUUUGCCUUAUUCGAGUUCUUAUUGUGUGAUUUUAUUUCCCCCAGUGAGAAUUUGAUCUAAUUCUUAGAAAUUAGUGGGUGUAUAGAAAAGUGAUAUUAAGUACAUAUAUCUUAUUUCGCAAAUGCAAACAUUAAAAAAUAAUGAACUAAUGUGCAAUGAGAAAGAAUUGAGUUAUUAAAUCCCGUAACAUAUCAUUGUGAACCAUUCAAUAAGGACCAUAAUGCAAAAUGAUUCUGGUGAAGACACAGAUGAUUCCAAUGUCUUCAGAUUCAUUUCUGAGUUGCGACAAGAGGCACUUUAUAUAUCAUCUGAGAAAAAUGCAUUGCAAGAACUGAAUGAAAAGGUUCGAAACAAAACAGAGGAACUUUUGCAGUCUACAUGGAUAACUACAAAAAAACGCCUUUUUCUGCUACCUCAAAAAGAAUUCACAAUUGAAAAUAUUCAUGAAAUAAUUUCCAUUGGCACAGUUCAGUUUGCUGAAGCUAAGAAUGUAGUUGGAUUCCAGAAUGCAGGAAAAUUAGGAGCUCUCUUGCAAAUUUUGCGAACACAACCUGAACAACUUGCACAAUGGCUCAUAAUUGGUGAACAAUUGAAUGAUGAUCAAACACAUUUGAGUAUAAUGCAAAGCAUUGUUUCUGGAUUGUAUGCUUCACUGAUAUUUCCCGAAGAUAUAAAUUAUAUGUUGGUGUUACUUCAUGAACUUGCUAAAUAUCAGUUGUUCAGAAAUGAAAAACCUCAGAGGGCUUUGAAACAACGAUCAAAUUCAUUUGAAUGUUUAUAUUACAUGUUUCAUGAAGUUUUAUUGUCUGCCAAGUAUUUUUUGAGUGGAGCAUUUGAAGUCCCUAUAUUGAGAUUAUUAACGAUCGAUUAUUAUUUGGAUAUAGAUCCAGAUAAAAGUGAUAUGAGGUACCAUCAAGAAGAAAAUAUCAAACUUUUAUUUAGUAGUCCUGAAGAAUAUAGGAAUGUAGUUGUGAAAAAAUUGGCUGAAGAAACAAAUUUCUUCAUUUCAGGCUUUAAGGAAAACAGUUUGAGUUUUCCUAAGCCUCUUGCUUGGCUUGCAUAUCACAUUAGCAAACUUAUUUCAGAUUCUUUCAAUGAAAAAGAGGCAAAUGCAGUUCUUACAGAACUUAUUUUUACAAUGUUUAUAUGUCCUGCAAUUGUGAAUCCAUUACAAUAUGGAAUUUGCGAUGUUCAAAUUACAACUGUUUCAAGGCACAAUUUAAUGCAAAUUGGUCAAAUUAUUCAAAAUUUAGCUUUAAUGAAACAUGAAUCUCCUGACCUAAGGGUUUUAGAUCUUUAUGAUUUAAUAAGUAAAGAUGUUAUUGUGCAGCUGAUGGAAGAUAUUUUUAGUGAAAGCAAGCACAAUAGUGCUCCAUUUUUAGAUGUAACACCAUUUAUUUUUCGAGAUAUGGCUUUAUUUACUGAGCAAGAGAUUAGAGUGUUGGUUACAUUCCUUCAAAGAGUUCAUAAUGAAAUAAUGCAGAAUGAGGUAUAUAAAAGCAAUCCAAUUUUAACAGAUUCAAUAGUUGGUCAAAUAUCCGCCUUCAGCUUAGACUCCAUGGGAAAUUCAACUCCUAAACAAAAUAGGCAUUAUAAUGGGAAUGUUGACAUUAAUUUUAAGAGAUCAUCUAAUCUAUUAUCCCUAGUUACUCGAACAAAUUCAAAACUACCUGAAGAAUUCCAGACCGUGCCUAAUAUUGUUUUGCUAUUUUCUAUAAGAACCGACAGUAUAGAACCUGUUGGUAUGCUUUCUGAAGGAGCAAUAAUAGAUAAUGCGAAUUCAUUUGAAAAAGAUAUUGAUGUUUCUGAAGACCUCGAGAAAAGUGAGGAUAACAAUGAAUCAAAUAAAGUUAGCUUUACAUAUCAAGAUGAAGGAUCUAUUGGAAAUACUUCUGAUAAUUUAGAGGCAAUUUCAGAAGGAGCAAGUAAUCACUCUGUUGCAAGCAGCUUAGAAAUGGAAAAUGAAGAUCAAAAUGAUAAUUAUUCAGAUAUGUUGUCUGCCAAUGUUUCAGGUAGAGGUACACCUAACAUCUCAGGACGUGACACUCCAAGCUCUCAGGUGAACGAGAAUGAUGACAGAGCCUCAUCUGAAAUUAGACAAGCCGAUAAUGCUCAAUUGCAACAACAGUCACAAUUAAGUCGACAAAUUAGAUCUGAGAUAGAUGAUAAAUUCUGUAAAUUCGAAAUUAAAUUACCAGGCCCUGGCAGAGAUGAAACCACAUCUUUAAUUUCUGAAACUUGGAGUACAGAUGUACUUGCGUCAGAUAAUGAGGCAGUUGAUGCAAAUGACUCUAGAACUGAACAACAAUGUUGUUCCUUGAUAGAUCAACCCAUUGUUGAAGUUCCCAUGAAUAUGCUGGAUGUAUCAGAGACACAAAGCGAAAGUGCGUGGUCCACAGAUGUUAUGGCCUCAGACACCGAAAGAUUGAUAGAUGUGGAUAACGAUGAUACUGGAAGUAUUGCUCAAUCAGAUGACACAAAUAGCAUAGCCCCCUCAGAUGACACUAGGUCAGAAACAGAUGAAAACCUAACACCAGGCAGUCGUAGAUUAUCCAGCUCAUCAAACUCCUUCAUGAAUCAAUCAAAUUUGGCAUCUAAUUUCCAAGAAAUGAGAAGGUUGGAGAGUAGAAUGGAAGAAAAUGCUCGUAUAAGAGUUCAAAGUAUGGAGAAGAACAGUAGAAAAGAUAGCAAUGCCAAUGUUAUCUUCAAACCCUUACCCUUUUCUUCCACCCAAAAUACCUUAACUUAUAGCGAACAAACAUCUGAGGUGAAAACAACACAAUCUUCUACUUGCUCUUUUGUUUCUAGUAGAGUACAAAAAACUAUCAAUAAGGAGAUGAUGGGAGCGAAUGGUUUCCAAAAAACAUACAAUAUGGAAAAUGAAACAAAUGAGGUAUCUUUAUCUUAUAUAAAAGAAAACACUACUAAGUACGAGGAUAGAGCUAAUGAGAUUCUUCUGAGCAACUGUAGUUUAAAUUCUAGUUCAAGCGGUAGUAGUAGUAGUAAUAGUUUAGAAAAUAAGACUAACAAUGAGACCUCUGAGAAAUGGGAACAUAAACAGUGGUUGAACAGUUCUGAAAGCAGUCUUAAUGUUACUUCCACUCCUUCCGAAAGUACAAGUGAACUCUCUGUUUUGAGUGUAACAAACUACAUAAAUCCAGGCAAUAUGAUGAAUAAAAAGCCAACAGUUGUGAAUUCUCGUACCAUUAAGACUUCUGCAUCUACAGGAGCUAUACCCAAAAGCAUCAGUUUUGAUAUAAGUGCCGAUAAAGGCGAGAAGUAUUUAGGUGAUGAUCACAGAACUAAGAGAGGUGGAUUCUUUGGCAAACUGAGAAUGGGAUUUCGUAAUAGGAGAGGUAAAUCCUUCAGAAAUUCCGAUGAUUUAAGGAUGGAAAAUGAAGAAGAAGGUGCUUCUGGUAGUGGAAGAGCUCAAUCUCUACAAGUUAAAUUUGGCAAUAAUUUGGUCAUUCCAGAUUCGUCCGAUCAGAUAUUAGAAAAAUAUCGUACAAAAUCUUUUGAAGAAAAUGGUAGCAAUAAGUUGAAUGAACAAAAUCAGAAAACUUCAAGAGUACGACGUAUCAGUGAAAGCACCAUUAUCUCUAAUCAAGGUUGCAAUACCUUUAGGGAUAUCAAGAAUAAAUUGAGAAUGGUAUUAAGUCACUCCACUAUACAGUUACCUGGUGAUAUUAAGGUUUCUGGAAUGCCCUUCCAGAACAAAAUAGAAACCAUUUUACGCAUUGAAUUAGGUAAAGCUAGAAAGAUGAGGCGAUGGUCUAGUGUUGCAAGAAUAACAGAAACUCUGAAAUGUGUACAAUUAUUAAAUGAAAAAAGUUGUAAUAAACUGGUUAAAUCCAUGAAGGAUGACAUUAUGAAGCGAUCUCUUUAUACUCAGUACCUUACUUCUUCCAGAAGGGAGCUUUUGCUAAGCGAAGCUUUUAUUAAUGGAUUACAAGAACAAAUUUGCUAUGAAAAAGAACAAUGCGAGGAAUAUUUGGCAAUUUUGUAUGUAGAUGAUUUUCUGAGACAAAAGGAAAUGGAAAUGAAUACUUUUUGUGAUGAGUUCAAACAUCAAAGUUUAUCUGAUGAGAAGUGCGAUCUGCUGAACAAUUUCUACUCGGAACUCUAUUCUAAAAUGAGGAGUAAUGUUUUGUGGAAUGAGAUCCUAAAAGAACGAAAAAACACUAUAAAGAAGGCCCUGCAAAGGCACAUUAUCAGCAAAGUUUACGAAAAUGCAUUUUAUCCCAAUGGGGAUGGUGAUAGGGACAGAGAUAGAGUUUUGUAUGAACAUAUUGAAAAACUAUCAAGUAUUAUAACACCAGGACAUAAGUAUAUGAUGAUUCAAAAGAAAUACCUCAGAGAAUGUCCAUGGCUACCAGCUCAAGAUGCUCUCAAUGCUAUGAGUGCUUUCAGAACACCUAGAGACAAAGUAAAUUGUGUUGUACACUGUGCGAAAUGUAUUAUGGACCUUCUUUCCAUGGCUCAAAGUAUUUCAACUACUGCAGAUGACUUCACACCAGUUCUGGUGUUCGUCAUCAUUAAGUCUAAUCCUUUGAACUUACUCUCUACAAUUCAGUUUGUAAACAGUUUUUAUCAAAACCAACUAUGCGGCGAGGAACAGUAUUGGUGGAUACAAUUUUGUGCUGCUGUAGAAUUUAUCAAAACUAUGGAUUAUUCUGAUUAAUAACAAUAAGAAGGAAUUAAUAUAUUUGUAUUAUAUAUGGAUCUAAUUUAUGAAUUUUUUAUCUAUAGUUUAUUUAGAUACAGAUAAUAUUGUUAUCAAUAAAUGAAAUAUAUUCAGUCAAA